AUGGCUGGUUAUGGAGUCACUGGACAACUCUUGAAAUGGUUCCGCUCAUACUUGGAUAACCGGGAACUUAUUGUAAAGUUUCAACAAUCAUGUCUAAACCCUUCACUGCAACAUCUGGCGUCCCUCAAGGCUUACACAUGGGUCCAUUUCUGUUCUCAUUAUAUCAAAUGUAUUACAAUCACCUUUAGCCAUAGCAAGAGACCUAUUAUCUUCAACUAUACCAUCAAUGGCAGUGAUAUUCCUAGGAGGACCUCAGUUCGUGACCUCGGGGCAUAUAACUACCUCGGGGUGGUGUUCUCAUCAAACCUCACAUUUCUUGACCAUAUGGAGUUGGUUUGUGGCAAGGCAUCAAGGGCACUGGGCUUUAUUAUUCGAACCUUUAGACAUGGUCUCAGCAUCACAGCUCUGAGGUAUCUCUUCAUCUGCCUAGUUUGCUCAGUACUUGAAUAUUGCAGCAUUGUGUGGGCUCCCUAUGCACUUGGACAAAUCGACCACCUACAGAAAAUCCAAAGAAGGUUUCUUCGAGUUGUUGGACUCAAGAUGGGUUAUAACUACGCAACAAUUCCCAUCAGCGACAUCGAAAUUCAAUUGGGACUACAAUCUCUACAUUUGAGAAGAGAAUUAGCUGAUGUUUCUUUUCUCGUAAAUCUUUUAAAUGAUGAUGUUGUAUGCCCUGAGCUACUUGGUCAGAUCAACUUUCGAGUUCCGGGAGGAACUCGCUCAAGGAACCUCUUCGCUAUUCAAGCCUAUGCCAACAACUAUGAGCACAACAGUGUGAUCCCCCAUCUCCAUAGGAUUGGGAACCUCCUGUCUCCUCACAUCGACCUUUGGAACACCUCAGUUGUGACCGCCAAAAAAAUCUACAUAAAUCUGAAAGGACACCAUCGUUAA